GGCAGUUACUAGCCCAACGUGUGAUUAAACUGUACUCCGUAGCCAAAGAACUGAAAAGAGCAAAGACCUUCAAUUCUAUAUUCCGCAGUUACUUUCGCACAAGAAACAACCAAAACUCAAUUGAAAGUAUCAGCAAAACAUCCGAGCAACCCUUUGGAACUUCAGAAAAGGCUAUUGAGUGCUUGUUUUGAAACACAAGGCUAUGGAGGUAAAACCAACUGUUGCCUUGAGGGCAAUGCUUGUCGGAGGAAUAGCUGCUUUUGCAAAAAUAGCUGGUGCAAUGAAAGCUGCAGGAGGUGUUAAGUUGGGAGCCGCUGCUGCUGCUAUGACUGCAGCAGCAACUGCCGCAGUUUCUGGAUCAAAAAAGGAUCAACCAGAUGCCUCUGGAUCAAAACAGAAUCAACCAGAUGCUUCCAAGCCGCCUGCCAAGUGACUUCUUGGACCGCCUUUUUCCUUACCUCAAAUAUUCAUUUACAAUGAUGGCCAGUUAAUAAUACCGAUGAGUACAAUAGUUAGUGUUCCUAAAUUUUAUGGCAGGAAUGCACUGAUUGUAUAGCUCAUGGUUCUUGUAGUUUGCUAGGAAUGAACUAGUCUUUUUGAAGGAACUAGUUCGUUUAUGUGACUGUAUCUGUAAGAGGAUGUGACUGUUGCCAUGAAUGUAAGAGUAUGUGUAAACCAAAUUGUAUGGACAGAUUUAAAUCUGCAGCUUGCCUCUUAUACUCAAGUUUUUAGUGGCAGGUGCAGAUAAAUACUUGCAGAGAAUUUUAACUGGUAUUGUUUGGCAAGUAUAUUAAUCCCUCUAUUUCAUAA